CGGUGAAGGCCAGCGAGAUCCGAUCCUUCUCCAACUCGAUUAGGAACCCUCGCGAUUAGGGACAGCGGUUAAUAAAAUAAAAUAACACCGGCUAGCUACCUAGCUAAUCACCCUACGGUCCCGUCCACACCACCACCACCGGCCCUUCUCCAAUCGCCACCGAUUCCUCUGGCCGGACGGAGAUCGAUCCCUCCCCGGCCGCCCCCGACCCCGCCGCAGCCUCCUCGUCGAGCGGCGGCCGCCGUCUCCGCCGCACGCGCCUCGCGCUAGAAACUUGCAUAACUGAAGAGCCUCAAAGGGAACGAUGGCGCUAUCACGCAGUAUGAGAACAUGCUUGCAUAGCGGAAGACUUGCCGCCCUGGCAAUACUUGUCUCUGGUGGGAUCGUAUUGCAGAUUUUGGCAUGUGCUCUUUAUAACAACUGGUGGCCCAUGUUGACAGUUCUGAUGUACCUCAUACUACCCAUGCCGCUCAUAUUUUUCCUGGGCUCCGAUUCUCCAUCGAUCAUGUCAAAUGAGAAUGAUGGGUGGGUGAACUUCACCAAGUUCCUGACGGGCGCGUCCAUCGUGGGCAGCAUCGCCAUCCCGUCGAUCCUGAAGCACGCCGGCGUCAUCGGGUGGGGCGCGCUGACAAUGGAGCUGUCCUCCUUCGCCGUCUUCGGGCUGGCCAUCGUGUGGUUCCUCCAGAUGAACUCCGAGGACGAGUACAGCGCCUUCUGAUCUCCAGCGCUUCAUCCUCUCCCGCGCCUUCUGAUCUCCAGCGCUUCAUCCAGUCCCGAACCUGUGGUCUGUGUGUUUCUAGUGGUGCCUCGCUAGAAAUAGGGAUCAUCAACUUGUGAAUAUCUACAGUACGAUUUGGAGCAUUGGUGUGCUUGACCUUGUUUAUAUCAGUGAAGUGAGCCUGUUCAGUUGCAUGUACAGUUAUCCUCUGCCUGCUAGCACAUGAUUUUUUGUUGGUAGGAACUUGAACUUAAAUCAGUCAGCUGUUUGCCAAGGCAUCACUGCAUACUCUGUCUAGCUUCUGUCGCUUUCCGUCAGUAUGAUAUCUGAACAAAAUGCAUCUUGCUUUUUACUGACA